AUGUUGAGAGCAUCCAGAGCGUGGAAACAAGUGCCCACGGCAGCCAAAUCAUGGAACCGUACUUUGGCUGCUUCAAGUCGUCGUUUAGCCGAUGUUUCUGUUACCAUCGAUGGCCGCACCGUCCAAAUCGAAGCUGGAAGUUCGAUUAUUCAAGCUGCUGACAAGGCAGGAGUUACCAUACCUCGUUACUGUUACCAUGACAAACUCGCAAUUGCAGGAAAUUGUAGAAUGUGUCUUGUGGAUGUGGAAAGAAUGCCCAAAUUGAUUGCCUCUUGUGCCAUGCCGGUUCAAAAUGGAAUGGUUGUUCACACCGAUUCAGAGAGAAUCCACAAGGCUCGGGAAGGAGUGACCGAGAUGUUAUUGGAGAACCAUCCUCUUGAUUGUCCUGUUUGUGACCAAGGUGGAGAGUGUGAUUUGCAAGAACAAUCUCAGCGUUACGGGUCAGACCGUGGCCGGUUUAGAGAAGUUGCCGGUAAGAGAGCGGUUGAAGACAAGCCAAUUGGGCCCUUGGUCAAGACCCUGAUGAACCGGUGUAUCCACUGUACUCGUUGUGUACGUUUCAUGAACGAUGUUGCAGGUUCUCCGGAAUUAGGAACCGCCGGAAGAGGUAACGACAUGCAAAUCGGAACAUACAUCGAACGUAAUAUCAACUCGGAGAUGUCCGGUAACAUCAUCGACCUUUGUCCCGUUGGUGCUUUGACUUCCAAGCCAUAUGCUUUCAAGGCUCGUCCUUGGGAGUUGAGAAGAACUGAAACCAUCGACGUUAUGGAUGCAGUGGGAAGUAAUGUUAGAGUUGAUGCUAGAGGAGCAGACGUCAUGAGAGUUCUUCCUCGUUUGAACGAUGACAUUAAUGAGGAGUGGAUCAGUGACAAGAGUCGUUUCGCUUGUGAUGGUUUGAGAACCCAAAGAUUGACCCUUCCAUUGAUCAAGAACGGUUCCAAUUUUGUUCCUGCUACUUGGGACGAAGCCCUCAGUACCAUUGCUGCUGGAUUUGCCAAGGUCAAGCCACAAGGUGAUGAGGUCAAGGCAGUGGCUGGUGCGCUCGCCGACGUCGAAUCUAUGGUAGCUUUGAAGGAUUUGAUCAAUCGUUUGGGCUCUGAAAACGUUACCACAGAUGUCGAACAAAACGUCGAUGUUCACGGUGCUGACUUUAGAUCAAACUACGUUUUCAACAGCACCAUUGAUGGCAUCGAAGAUGCCGACCAAAUUCUCUUGAUCGGUACUAAUCCUCGUCACGAAGCUGCUGUGUUGAAUGCCAGAAUCAGAAAGGUUUGGUUACGCUCAGACCUUGAAAUUGCCCAAGUUGGAGAACAGUUCGAUUCCACCUUUGAUGUCAAGAACCUCGGUACCGAUGUCAAGGCAUUGGAAAAGGCUCUCACUGGUGCUUACGGUAAGAAAUUGGCUGGUGCCAAGCGUCCAUUGAUCAUUGUUGGAUCUGGAGCUGCCGAGUCAGAAGAUGCCGCUGCCAUUUACAAGACUGUUGGUGACUUUGUUUCGAAGAACUCCAACUUCAACACUGAAGAAUGGAACGGUCUUAACCUCCUUCAUCGUGAGGCAUCUAGAGUUGGUGCCUUGGACGUUGGUUUCAGCACUUUUAAUGAAGAAACUAAGAAGACUACUCCCAAGUUUGUCUACUUACUUGGAGCCGACGAAGUAAACCCCGGUGAUAUUCCUAAGGAUGCCUUUGUGGUUUACCAGGGUCAUCAUGGUGAGACCGGAGCUGCUCUUGCCGACGUCAUUUUGCCAGGUGCAGCCUACACUGAAAAGUCUGCCACCUACAUCAAUACUGAAGGAAGAACCCAGGUUACUCGUUCUGCUACAAACCCUCCACAAUCUGCCCGUGAGGACUGGAAGAUUAUCAGAGCACUCUCAGACUACUUGAACGCCCCAUUGCCUUAUGACGAUUUAUAUGCCCUUAGAGGACGUUUGGGCCAGAUUGCUCCUCACUUGGUGAGACAUGGAGUGGUGGAACCAGCAUCUUCUGAUGUGGCAGCACUCGGUGUGCAAGAUUUGGUGACGAGAAACAGUAAGGCAUCUCCAGUUGGAAUCCAAUUGAAGAACCCAAUCACCAACUUCUACUUUACCGAUGUCAUUUCUCGUUCUUCUCCAACCAUGGCCAAGUGUGUCGCUUCGUUUGGACCUCAAAUCGAAAAGGUUGUCUCUGACGGACCUUCCUUGUAA